UCAUUCAGUGGUAGCAGCGCCAGUACUGUCUUGACACUCGUGUCGGUGACGUGGUUUCUGUUCGUUCCUUCGUUUCUUUCAAUUUUCUUUUAUUUUCACAACGUUCUCGAGAGCGAUGUGCCUUUACCAACAAAAUUGAACGUCAACCGAGUCCCUUUCACUGGAAACUCGUCAUUUCCGAAAACUUCCAUCGCGGCUUAGACGCUGAAUUAUUUUUAGAAGUGCUACGAGCUAUUUUGAACACAGGAGGUGAAAGUGGAAGUACCAUUUCGGAGAAAGUAUCGCGGGGGAUUUGUUCCCGGUUGUCACCGAAUUACGAAAAUAUUUUGAUACAACGGGUUAUGCUGAAAAUAAAGAAUCUCCGUGCAAGAUGUUGACAGUUAUGUGUCCGAACUGUCGUCACCGGUUUCCCGCGCCAGGUUGUUGCGAGCCUCAAAAGAUGGACGGAGACAAUGCGUUGAUUCAUCCGGCGACCUGUUAUUAUGGUGGUCUGUUGGUUCCCAAGGGCUACACCAGCGGCGGUGGUUGUUUCAUAAAUGCCCCGACUAUCAUCCACAGUCAACCCAUCAUUAAUUCUUUCAACUAUCCGUCAAAGGCCCUCGACUUGGAAAAGGCAAGAAUCGAGAAGCAGAGAGAAAGCUUUCUUCAGACGUCGAAACGGGAUGCUCCGAUACUUGGGUUCCCGUUGAUAAACGAAGAGAAGAACGAAGACUCCGGUUAUCAGAUCGCGACGAGUUGCGAUUUGACCGGAGGAAACGUGACGAUAACAACUCCGAGUAUACAGUCUGGAGGCUGCUUGAUUCAGAGCACAGAUUCUGGGAUCCACAUGCAGAUACCGCACAUGGAAAUCCGUCCAAAAUUAUCUGGCGGUGGAUGCUUCGUGCAGAAGACGUUGUCGACGGAGAAUCAGGAAUCCUCGAUUAUACUUCCAGAGCAGAGAAAUCAACGACAAAAUGUCAAUUGUAACGAGAGGAUGUUCCUGCUGCCCCCGAGCGGGUGUCAAGAGUUACCUGGAACUCGGAGAAACAUCCUGUCGCAGAAAACGGAAGAGAAGCACUCGACAGGAAACUUCGUAGAAACAAAUUGCACGGAGAAGCCACCGUCUUCGAAUUUUCAAGUGACCGGUGUGCCAGUGCACUUCCAGCAGCCCAAAAGCCCCAAGAAAAACGAGCAAGAGUCCGGCCAAGGAGCUACCUGUAAUUGCUGUUGCAACAACGUUCAGAAUCUGUAUCGCGUCAAAUCGAAGAGUCAGCCGGUCUCCGAGAACCAUAACUCCAUGGUUCUGGAUUCCAAUUCGGUUCAAAUCCAAGUGAACGCGACCGUACAGCUCCCUGCAAGCUUAGGACAGUGUACGGUGAACAUAACCGCGACCACCACGAAUCCUCCUGAUUCCUUAUCGAACAUAACUUCGAAGACUAGAAAUAAUUUUAACGGUGGAGGUCUGGUGCAGGAAAACGAAGCUCGGAACAAUCAAGAGAACUUCGAAGAGAGAAGAGACAGGACUCCGACCACACCGGUGUCCUGGUUGAUGCCGUGUCCUUGGAGCUUCGACAGCUACUCGAUGGACAGGGACGCGGCUAAGCUCUGCGAGGUUAAGAGACUUUUACAGAUAUGUGGUUGGUACCACGAAGGCCUGAGUUGGCAGCAAAGUGAAAAUUUGUUGAAGAAUGCUCCGGUUGGCCGAUGGUUGAUGAGGGAUAGCUCGGACAGCAGAUACAUGUUCGCCGUGUCUGUGCAGACCGCUAGAGGACCCACCUCCGUUAGAGUUCACUAUUUUAUGGGCCAAUUUCGACUGGACGCUGAACCCAGGCUCGCUUUCGCGAUACCUCUCUUUGAUUGUCCAAUUAAAAUGCUGGAAUAUUAUGUGGAAUAUUCGAAAAGCGUCGAUGAACAUAGGAAGGAGGUCUGGGUCGAUUACAGUGGACAACUUUACAGUGAAAUUUAUUUGACGAAACCGUUGGUCAAAGAGGUUAUGUCCCUUAGUCAUCUAGCCAGGCUAGUUGUUAAUAGGCAUAAAUUACCGACCGAUCACUUGCCGCCGUUAAUUAAAAAUUAUCUGGCAGAAUAUCCGUACAGUCUUUGAAAGACGAUAUUGGUUAUUUUCUGAUUUCUGACAUUUGUUAUUGGUACUUUGCAAAAGUUCGACUGUUUAUUUCGAUUUAUUGGCAAAACUAGCAAAAUACUUUUACACGAAUAUGUAUACUGUAAGAGCGAAAUAUGUAUGUGUGUGUAUGUGUGUGCUAUAUCGAGAAGUAUAUUCCUAAAUUGCUAUGUCCCCAGGUACCUAUAUCUGUUAGGUACCUAUACCUUUAAACACCCAAAAUCUCUGGAUACCUAUGUAUUUAGGUACUUGACCUGGGGAUUAGAUUCCUAGGUGUCUAGAUCCUUAGGUACCUACUCGAUUAGGUAUCUAUCUCUGGAUAGUUAUAUCUUUAGGUUCCUAUAUUUCUAAGUACGUAGAUCCUUAGGUAUCCUUUGCUAUUUUCCUAGGUACCUGCAUCCUCAUGUUCCUAGAUCUCCAGGUACUUUGAUCCUUAAGUAUCUAGGUUCCUAGAUCCUUAAGUAUUUAAAUCCUCAAGUACUUAGAUCUCUAGGAACCUUAUGUACCUAGAUGUCUACAUUAUACUGUAUCCCUGCAUCUCUACAACGCUAAAUCUCCGUAUUCCUAUAUUUCUAUGUCUCUGUGUCCUCUAUACCUCUGCAUCCCUAGAUCUUUAUAUCACUAGUUAAAAGUAACGUUGAAAGUAUAUCGUAUUUUAGUAAAAAUUCAAUAUUUGUACCGAUAGCCGGAAAUCAGAAAUGUCUAAGAAUCUUUAUUUUUAUACGUUUAAAGGUAAUUUGUAUCCGAACGUAUUUAUAGCGAAAUACGAAGUGUAAAGUCUAAAUGUAAAAGCUGUACUUUCGUGGAAUCGAUGGACAAUUAGAAAAUGGCUCUCGAGACCGUGCUAUAAAAAGUAUGUGAACUUUAGUCGUUAGGAUAAUCAACGGUUUUAAAAGUAAAACGAAAGCGUAUGGGUGUGUGUCUUUUUUUUUAAUAGUCAACGAAGCAUAAUAUUAAAGGAAAUCGCUUGACCGAGUUUCCGUUUUGCGUUGGAAAGUUUCUUUGAACAAGGUACCAUUUACAUACCUUGCUUCAAGCAGUCAAAAUUCUUUUUUUGUUGAUCCUUCAAGAAAUUUCUUGUUUUAGUUAACUAGUAUACGGUGAUUAUUUUAUUACAUUGACCCACAGAAAUGUCCACAAAUUUAUAGACAAAAAGAUAGCGUUGUAAAUUAUGUUUGUUUAUUUAAAAAUUGGUUAAGUUAAAUUUUUUGUAAGUGGGAUGUGAUAAAUUUUUACCUUGUACAGUUACAUCCUGUAAUUUUACAAGGUAAAGAUAGACACUUGAUUGGUAUGGUGGUCAAUUAAAAUAUGAGCCCAUGUAAAACUUCGUAAAAAUUUGUAGAAAUUUGCAGGCAACGAAUAAUACUUAUUUUAUUUAAACAUUGGGUAAAUUACAUUUUCCUAAAAAUUAAAAAUUGCUGGGGUCUGAUAGACACUAUCAUAUUAGUCAAGUGUUAAUACUCGAUACCGGUUGCAACUUUUCACGAGAAAUUUCUUCGAACAUUCAAUUGUAAAUAAAUAGACUAGUUGAACAAAUAAUCUUUUAGAGUUACAAUCAAAAUUACAGUCUGCAGAAUGUGAGGAAGUACUCCUCAUGGAACUCGGUCGGAUCUGAUAUUCUAAAACAGUGAUUGGCAGUAGUAUAUACAUAAAAUUGCUAAUUAUUGCUGUAAAAUUAUUUAAGAAUAGCGAAUGAAUGAUAUUAAAUCGGCUUCGAUGAAGAAAUCGUAAGGCAGUAUUAGAAUUGAUGAAAGCGUCGAUUUGACUCUUCGUUUUCUGGUAAAGAUAACUCGUGAACUAGUAAACUUUUAGUGUAUAGUUACUUACAAUAUACAAACUUUACAUAAUUCAUAAGGUGCCUGCUGAAUCAAACGAGUCAACAUUUUUUUAAAAUAUUUGACAAGCUUAAGUGCGUGUAUCUCAUGUAAUACAUUGAAAUGAACAGUAUGUAUCUAAAAGAAAAAUGACACGACUCUUCAGAUAAAUAUAUCUGAUAAUCAUACCUUGCGUAAAAGCGAUUAAUUAUCCGGCGAUGCUUGAAACGAAGAGUUAAAAGUAAAAACACGAAACGUUAAAUUAAUGUAAAUUUUUGUUUGUCAACGAGUUGAUGCAGAUACGUGCGACAGCGUGAAAGAUGACUUCAGAUUUAUGAAUGCGUGAAAUGUAUAACAUUGCGUAAAACACACUACGACCGAUGUAUUUUUCUAAGCGAGAAUUGGCGGCCUUUUCGAAGUCACCAUUUUCUAAAGUUAGAUCCUAUAUGUUUCGAUACAUGGAAUGUAUCCGGAAACUGUGCCUCUAAAUAAUUCGACGGAACUAAAUGGCGCUGCAUUUUUCUGUAGAAUUAACCGCUUACUUGAUCGGGACGUCCCGUAUAAAUUAAUAUAGGAUCUUUUGUUUAUUGUCUCUAUAUUAGAGACGACAUUUUCAACUAUCGACGUACCUACCCUUCGUAUUCCUUUAACCCCUUUGACUCAAUGUUUCACGCGACAAGUUAUGUUAAAAUAAAAUUGUCAUUACUUUUAAUUUAUGUAGAAUGUGUGUGUUUGUACGAUAUAUCAGUGAUGAGCAACUUUGUCUACAAGAUUGCAAUGGUAAAUGAGUAGAUUCGCUUUAUUGCCACAAACGAGAUUACAGUGGCAAUUCUUGGAAUUGAUAUAAGAGAUCUUUACAUACAGUAUUUGAAUGCUUGUAAAUAUUAACAUUUUUAUUUUUAAGAACUAAAUUCUUAAAUCAGAGAAAUUGUGAUUUUACAAAUUUGUGAAUCUGAAAAUUUUCAGUUAAUCUGCUCAUCACUGUGAUAUCAACAUUAAGUCGAAAGGGUUAACGAGAAAGAAUGUAAUACGAGAAUAAUUAUCUCUCUCGUAUCGAUUAUAAGUCACACUUAUUUUAACAUGCCAUCGAAUAUUCGAUAAUUUAACAUAGUUAAUUAAAUGCAGUUACAAGUGUGUAACUUAAAGUCCUGUAGUUGAUUUCAUUUAGGUAUUAUUACUUGACAAAUGCUAUACCGUAUGAUUUUUGUGUUAUGUCGUAGCUGGAUUGCGAAGGGUUUGUUAAUUUCUCGUUCUAAAAGUCAAAAGAAAAGUAUGUUGUUGGAAACUGCCACUCAGCGAAUCCUACUAUAUGUUUUAUAUUGCGAUUAUAACAAUGUAUAGUGUGACACGAGUUAAGUUAUUAAAUAAUUAUUUAUUACCAAGAAA